AUGCCAUUUCCUGUGAUCUGUGGCGAAGAACAUGACCUAACCAUCGCAAGAAAUCCCAUUUCAGUGAAAUUAUCACAGUUGGAAACAAGAAAUGAGAACAGAAAUCAAGAAGAUCAAAUUAAAGCAAAUAGGUCAUCAUCGAUUAGUUGGAUAGCAUUAACUGGAGUUAUAUUUGGAAUUGCUUUCUUUGCUUCGAUAAAUUUAGCUAUUGUCAUUGGUUUAAUGAAUUAUAGGCUAUUCAGGAAUGAAGUACGAUAUAAUGAAGAUAGGUAUUUAUGUGAAGAGAGCAAUGAUAAUAGCCAAGGAAUAGUAUGUUCACCAGGAACCAAAGAAAUGAAAAGUGUGUUACACUUAGAUAGAAAAGAUAUUAAGGUACCUUCUACGCUAACACCCGAAGCGCAACAUAAAUUACUACUCUCAAAAAUUAAAUCUCUGAGUAUAACAAAGUACCCACCGAAAAUAAAGAAAGUUAUCACUUUUGCUACUUCAGACGAUAUCACUAUCGGCGAAGGACAUUCUUUUCAAGAGGAAAGUACUAGUUCAAGUGGAACUUUGUUUGGGGCAGCGGAUUCUAAAAAUCACCAGGCAUUAUUGGCAAGAUUGAUCGUUAAUGGUCCAAAGCGAUUCUCUUUCGAGUUCGAGGAACUAGCAGAUUUAUUAAAAAGCGCUGCUAAUCUUCUUCUUGCAGAUCAGUCGCUUCUGGAAGUGAGCAUCCUAUAUUUAAACUUUAAAAUCUUAUUUUUUUAUAAGGUGGCUGUUCCUUGUGCAGUUUACGGCGAUAUUCAUGGUCAGUAUAGUGAUCUACAUCGAUGGUUUAAUUUGAAUGGUUGGCCAAAUGUGACUCGUUGUAUUUUUUUGGGCGAUUUUGUUGAUAGAGGAUCACACGGAAUCGAAGUUGUUGCACUGCUUUCUGCUUUAAAGUUGCAAUUUCCUGAUCGAGUAUUUAUUUGUCGCGGAAAUCACGAAGAGGAAUCAUUAAAUCGAGUAUAUUCAUUCCAUGAUGAGGUUUCCACUCGUUUUCCACCAAGCCAAACAACCUAUGCCGUAUUAAUUGGAAAACGAAUUCUUGGAAUGCAUGGUGGAAUAAGUUCUCAUUUAACUUCAUUGCAGGUUUUUAAUCUUUUUUUUAUUUUUUAG